CACCGGACAAGCGUACCAUCCCAUUAGUUUAACGAGGUACGCCCUCCGUAUCGGAAGUUUCUGACUGUGGUUUGUUCAAGGCUUUCUAAACAUUGAACGACCAUUAAAAGAAGGAUCCACCGAUCAGGAGAGCAUUUCAGUUCCAGUUCAGAAAGGCGUGAAACUACCCUCGGCCCAUCGAUGAAACUGAACAAACUAAGCCCACGGUGGGAUGCGUACGAUCGGCGAAAUUCGUUCUGGCUGCAGUUGGUAUGUUUGCGGCAUUUGGGCCUGUGGCCACCGGAAGAUUCGGACGAAGCGACCCGGAAGCGGUACAUUGCGUACGGUUGGUUUUUACGCGUUGUGUUUCUCCAUCUGUACGCUCUGACGCAGGCAUUGUACUUUAAGGAUGUGAAAGAUAUUAAUGACAUUGCCAAUGCACUGUUUGUGCUGAUGACACAAGUGACGCUGAUCUACAAGUUGGAAAAGUUUAACUACAACAUCUCUCGCAUUCAGGCGUGCCUGCGCAAACUCAACUGUACACUGUACCAUCCGAAACAGCGUGAAGAGUUUGGGCCUGUACUCCGCUCGAUGAGUGGCGUGUUUUGGUUGAUGAUCUUUCUCAUGUUUGUGGCCAUCUUUACCAUCAUCAUGUGGCUGGUAUCGCCCGCGUACGAUAAAGAACGCCGACUACCCGUUCCGGCCUGGUUCCCGGUGGAUUAUCACCGUUCGAACACCGCGUACGGGGUGCUGUUCCUGUAUCAAACGAUUGGAAUUGUCAUGAGUGCGACGUACAACUUCUCGACCGACACCAUGUUUUCCGGCCUGAUGCUGCACGUGAACGGACAAAUAGUGCGGCUUGGUAGUAUGGUAAAGAAGAUAGGACAUGAAGUGCCAACCGAGCAGCAGCUUGUGAAGGUAGCGGUGCCGAUUGAUGGUGAGUGGAUUGAGAUGAGAAAGCGAAUCAAACAUCAUUCGCGAGUGUAUGGUAAAACGUAUGCCGAAGUGACGGAGUGUGUACUGUUUCAUAAGGACAUUCUGAGCUUCAGUGAUGAAGUGCAGGACAUAUUUCAAGGAUCAAUCUUUGCCCAGGUGUGCGCCUCGGUAAUUAUCAUCUGCAUGACACUGCUGCAGGCCACCGGCGACGAUGUGACGACGGCCGAUCUGCUUGGCUGUGCGUUCUACUUGCUAGUGAUGACGUCCCAAGUGUUGGUGUUCUGCUAUGUGGGGAAUGAAAUCUCCUACACGACGGAUAAAUUUACGGAGUUUGUGGGAUUCUCCAACUACUUUCGGUUCGAUAAGCUUACCAGUCAAGCUAUCAUUUUCUUCAUGCAAAUGACAUUAAAGGAUGUUCACAUUAAGGUGGGAAGUGUUUUGCAAGUAACAUUAAAUCUUCACACAUUUUUGCAGAUUAUGAAGCUGUCUUACUCGUAUUUGGCUGUACUGCAGAGCAUGGAAUCAGAGUAAGCAUAAACUGGUGAUUGUUUCAGGUCCUCAAAUAGGAUUGAUAAAGUAUUGUGUAAAAGUUAUUUAGAAAAUCAAACCAUUUGCUAUUGUCUCAUUUGUUAGAAAGAAAAACAAUCACAAAUUGUCUAAAUUUUUAUGACGAUGGAAGAGUAACGAACAAAACACUAGGUAAUGAAAAAUGAGAUGAAUGAUCUUUGGGACUCAGAGCUCGGCUUAAUCCAUCCCAAGUACAGGAGUGUCUUCUUCUUCGGUGGCACGGUCAUAUUUGUAGCUUUC